CGCUGUGCAGACCUGUGGCGACCUGCAUGGCACUCGGGGACUCGCCUUAGGACUACCGCACACCAUGAGCUCUUACCCCGGGCGCGGCAACGGGCUGUUGCACCGCGACCCGAACCGCACCGCCCUCUUCUCCUCGUCGCGCUCGGCAUCCCCUCUCCCCAUGUACAACCGCCCGUCCGACCGCUACGCCGCCGACCGCACCGCCGAGGACAUCGAGGGUCAGAACGACGAGGGCCUCGAGGGCCUCAGCCAGAAGGUCAAGCUCCUCAAGAAUAUCACGAUCGGCAUCGGCAACGAGGUCCGCGACUCGACCAAGAUGCUCAACGGCAUGAACGACACGUUCGGCGAGACGGGCAACUUCUUGUCGGGCACGAUGACCAAGAUGAAGAAGAUGGCGCGGCGGCAAGGCGGGCAGUGGUGCUUGUGGAUGGUGUUUCUCGGGAUCGUCGGGACUGUUUUCUUCUGGACCUGGCUCUUGCGGAGAUGAUCUAGUCCCUGUAGAACGUUUUGACCUAAUGUGCAGUACUAUUCUGCGUCCCGCGCACUCUC